AUGGGAAGAACUCGGGACGUUAGUUCUGCACAACGUGGAAGGAAGACAAUAAGAUCACGUCCCCCAGACGUACACUACACAUGGAACAGGGGCGGCCGUCUGAAGGAAAUUCGGAUAAGACACAUUGCCAGGAAGUACCUGCACAUGUGGAUCAGAAACACCUUUGGUCGGGUGAAACCUUCUGUUGCAAGAGUGUUACAUGAGAAGAGGCUGAAGAAGAAAGCCUUCAGUGAGUGGAAGGACAUGUGGUGGGAACUCAGGAAGGAAUGGAAACUCCUCAUCAGAGCUGAGUACCACAACAGAUACCGGGUGGCUAGUGUUGUAUGGCAGGCUUGGAGACAGUAUGUAAAAAGACGAAGAGUCCGGAAAGCCAAAAUGGCCUUGGCUGUUGAGCAUGACAGCAAGAAGCAUCUGGAGGCAGCAUGGGAAGCCUGGAGAAUGUACGUGCAAGUUCGCAGGACCAAACUUGUCAUGUACAGAGUAGCAGCAAACAGGGCAAACCUCUGUAUACAAAGACGAAUGUGGAGAACUUGGCAGGCCAGACUGAUACAGGCUAGGGAAGAGGAAGAACAGAGACUCGUGGCCCUGCAACACUGGGCUUAUGUCCUCACACUAAAUACCUGGCAGAGAUGGGUCAAGGCACUGCAACAGAGAAAGCAGGAGAAGCAGAAAAUGGAAACAGCAAAACGUCUACAACAUCAGAUCAUCACCAGGCGGUGUCUCACUGCCUGGCAGAUGUACCUUACAGUCAGAAGGGACAAAAGACAGAGAAGAGAGAAUGGGCAGGGACAAAUGGCCGAAGAGGAUCCUCACACUGGAUGUGGAGGGUCCAAACCCCCGUGGCCGCCCUAG